AUCAAUUAGUACAAAAAAGCCAGCCAUAAACUUUUGAUUGUAGCAAUAAACCUGAAAUUGGCUUACACUAACAAAGUUAACAAGCAAUUAUUCUUCAAACAAAAUAACAGAGUUUAAUGUUUCUCACUUUAUUAUUAUUAUUUACUUAUUAUAACUAAUUGAAUAAGAAGAGGUGAUGGCGCACUAUCUAUGGAUGUUGCAAUCAUUUAGAGUUUUAUAUCUAGCAGUAGAUUAGCAGAAAGUAAAAAAAAAUCGAAAUUUAAAUCAGAUCGAAAACCAUGUGUUGUAUACAAAUAAUUGAUUGUAAAAGUCAAUUUUGUUUCCGACUGUACUAAAAAUGAAACGAAACGCUAUCAUAUUUUUUUUCAGUGUUGUUUAUUUUUGUAUAGCGAAACGCGGCGCCGCCCAUCAUCUCAUCUGUCAUUUUUGCAUCAAACAAGGUAAUUAGCGAGUAACGAUUUUCUUUGAUUUAUGAAUAAAAUUAAAACCUUAGAGUGAGUUUUUGACUAAAAACCUGUGAAAAUGAACACUCUCGAUAAGCAACUGGCCGAUCUGCGUAUCUACGCAAACGAAUUGGAUGCCAAAUUGCAAGAUGAUAUUAAUGCAGCAAAGAUGAAACCUUCUAUUCCGCCCAAGAAAAAUAAAGCUCCACUGCCUCAAAUACCUCAGAGUUACACUGUGAAGUCUGCGUGCGAGCCCUCGUACUCAUCGCGGCUGGAGUACGGGAGUAAAGCGAGUUCUACAUACUCAAAUUUGGUGCCAGUAAAAAGUUGUAUAGUGCGGAACACGGCGCGAGUGCGGAGUGGCGAUGUGCUUUUAUACAGUAACUUACUGCCUCCGGGAGGUACUAACCACGUUUAUUCCAACAUACCGAUCCAGCGUCACGUCGCUGAGGGUAUUUACGACAGGGACACACGGUCUGAAGUUUCUAGAAUCAGUGAUUUGGGCGCGCAGUCUAACUACAGCGAACUCCGGCGGCCGGGGUCGGCGUACCCGCCUUCCUCGGCGUCUAUCAACGCGCAAGACUUCUCCACUUAUGGUGGAUCUCAGACUUCCUCCACAUAUGAGUCGUUGUAUGAGCCAAUAAACCCUAGACCAUGUAGUCAACUGUCUGGUACCUCGUUAUAUAGUGGUUAUGUUGGGCCAACAACGGAACCUACACCAGAGCCUGACGAUGAGCUGUACUGUGGCAACUGCUAUCAUUGUGGGGAGAAGAUCAUGGGGGAGACAACAGGAUGCACUGCCAUGGAGAGAAUCUAUCACAUUAAAUGUUUCUGCUGCCAGCAUUGUGGGAUCAACUUACAGGGCCGACCUUUCUAUGCAGUGCAAGGGCGCGCAUUAUGCGAGCGUGACUACUUAGACACACUAGAAAAGUGCUGUGUGUGCAACUCUCCCAUCCUAGACCGGAUCCUACGAGCCACAGGCAAACCUUACCACCCACGGUGCUUCACCUGUGUCGUUUGCCAGAAGAGUUUAGACGGCAUACCCUUUACUGUAGAUGCUGUGAACCGCAUACACUGCAUUGAAGACUUUCAUAAAAGAUACGCCCCCCGAUGCGCGCGCUGCCACGAGCCGAUCGUGCCAGAAGGCGGGGCCGAGGAGACGGUACGUAUCGUGGCGCUGGACAAGAGCUUCCACAUCGCAUGCUACGCCUGCGAGGACUGCGGCGCGUCGCUGUGCUCGCGGCAAGAGGGCCGCGGCUGCUACCCGCUUGACGACCACCUCUACUGUCGCGAGUGCAACGCGAGACGCAUACAGGACCUCUCCAGGGAAAUCAACUAGCUCCAAGGUUGUGUAAGCAAGAGUAUAAAAAGAAAUAUAGCCUAAUUUGUGAAUCUGGCCUAAUAGUUUGAAAAGUGUAGCGUUAACAUGGUAGGCGCUUGUGAAUCAGGUCUAAUAGUUUGAGCGCUACCAGGCGUGCAUCGCAAUUUUUAAAACAAAGUGUAAAUAUGCAGCCGUAGUAUGCCAGGCGCGUCACAACAUGGGCUUCAACCUAUAGACGCAUUAGGGGCAGCAAGCAAGUCUUAUCUACAUCGAUAAAUUUAUUACGAUGUCCACUAUAUGUAUUGAGUCGCGUCGCGCCUAACGGCUGCCUAUGUUCUAAUGUAUAAACAUAUAAACUGUGUAAUCCUCGCCUGUUUCGGCCUAUCCCAAGAGCUAUGUAAGUAUUUCACCCCAUAAUUCUCAAUGGCCUAUGAAAUAUUGUAAAAAAAAUUGCAAUAAUGAAAAGUUUCACCUUACGCCGACUAUUGUUACAACGAGUCUUCAAACUUUACGUCGGGUUUGGUAUAGUACAGUCAAAAGCAUAAUGGAAUAACUAAGAAGUAACUUACACACUUAUUAGUCCCUAUUGUGACUGAAUAGUGUUGUUUCCUAAUCUAUUAAGGAAUAGAAAAGGACACAAUAACUAAUCACGAGGUUUCCAGGAUUUUAUGCCUGGUUAAUGGCAAUAAGUUCGUCCCCGAUCACAUGGGGCGUCAUGGGACAAACAUGUCGGUGUAUACAGGGUGUUAGUGACAUCGUAACAAAAACUUUGAGGGAUGAUUCAGGCCAUGAUUCUGAGUUGAUAUCAAGUGGAAUUUUCCGUCGCAAAAGUAUGGAACGGAAAAUAAUUUAAAUAAGUUCUAAAAUUUUCAUGACUUCUCAGACAGGAAAUUCCACUUGAUAUCGACUCAGAAUCAUGGUCACUAACACCCAUACAUACUUGUAUGGCUACUGUAUGUACUUGUAUGGGGUGUAAAUGACAUCGUAACGAAUACUGAGAGGGAUUAUUCAGCUGAUUAUUCUGAGUUAAUAUCAAGUGGAAUUUUCCAUCGCAAAAGUAUAGAAUUGAAAAUAAUUAAAAAAAAACUAAAAAAAUAACAUGAAUUUUGCGACGGAAAAUUCCACUUGAUAUUAACUCAGAAUCAUGGUCUGAAUCAUCCCUCUGAGUAUUCGUUACGAUGUCACUAACACCCUGUAUACUAUUACAUUUCAGCCUAAGCCACGGUAAACAAUGACUAAUAUUGUGAAUGUUGUCAUCUUAUACAUAAUUAUCAGUAUGUAAAUUACUAUAACUUCUUUCCCACUUUAUCUAUACCACUUGAAGUAGAGAAAGACCCGACGAACUUUACGUCUCGAUGUAAAGAGACUAGACUUAGUUUAUGUACAAGAGUAAAGCAGUUUUAUAAAUCUGCCCCGUAACAUGAUAUAUAUAUGUAUACCACACGCAACGCAAUAGAUGAGUCGACCGUAUUAGCCACGCGAUAAAUGAAUUAACUAAUUGUAUCGUAUCGCGCGUGCUUUAUAUCAGCAGCAUGCUUGUCACGUAUAAGCCUAAUAAUUAUAGUGUAUAUGCUAGAGUUGUUUCUGUAUAAAGGUAGCAUUGUAUAAUUAUUGAAUAUUACACUAAACAUUCCUAAUGCAUUUAAAUGUGUACUAUUAAUAAAAGGCUGUGUAGCUCUCACCAUUCACGUAUCUCUAGCGACAUAAAUGCAGUAUUACUUUAAGAUGUGAUUGUAUUAUAGGACUUACUAUAUACUUGUAUAAAAUAUCUGCACUUGUUUAUUGUAAAUUGUGCCAUGUAGUUACUAUAGAAGCUAAUAAGAAUUUGUCGGUUGUAUUAUUUUACAAGUUCGUUAAUAUACACGUUUAUAAUUUAGGAGGUAAGUUCGUACUUUUGUACUUAAUAUUGUUGGUAAGGAUCCGAUAUAUUUACUGUUGUCCUUUUAAGCACAUUGUCGUUUAAACUUUGCAUUUAAUGAAUUCUUGCCAUCUAAAUUAAAAUAUUAUAAAUGUAAUCUGCCCGUUGCGUGCCGCCCGUAUGUCGCACGAGACGCGAUAAUGAGCCAUUACUUUGCAAACUUCGCCUCCCACGCGAUAUGCGGGCUGUAUGCUACGGCUCCUGAUCUUUAUAAGGCGUAUAUAUAAAGCAUGUAGGUAUGCUAGUCACCUAGUGUACUAUGAUUGAAUAUAUGUCGUUUAUCUGAACAAUUAAUAAAUGUAGCUUUCGAAAUAUACUCCUAUCAUAUUAUAAAA